AUGGACUCUUCGUCUGAAGGCUCCACUGAUGAAGAAGAAGUGCUGCGAUUAUUCGAUAAAGAAGCUAAAGUUAUUGUGCAGAGUGAAACGUUACCAAAGAAAUCAGCUGAUCGAUACAUGCAAAAUUAUAAUGCCUACAAAAACUGGAAGGAAAAAAAUAAAAAUUCCCUCUCGACGUCAGAAGAAAACAAUUUAAUUGUUUAUUUUAAAGAUUUAAAAAAAAGGUUAAGUCCAUUAACUCUAUGGAGCGUGUGGAGUAUGCUAAAAAAGACAUUAAAUACCAAUGAUGAUAUACAGAUAAAUAAUUUCUUAAAUUUAAAAAGUAUGAUUAAACGAAAUGCUAAAGGACACAGACCGAAGAAAUCUUUUAUUUUAACAUGGGAACAAAUUAAAAAAUUUAUUGAUGAAGCUCCUGACUCAGAAUAUUUAGCAGUGAAGGUUGUAUUAAUAUUUGGAAUAUGUGGCUGCUUACGAUGUUUAGAAUUAACAAACAUGAAAGUUGGAGACGUAGAAGAUUUGAAUGGGAGGUACUUAAUAUCUAUCAAUGACAAUAAAAAUGAUUACCCUGGCCAAUUUAUUAUUGGGAAUCUCUUCUACGCUAAAGUUAAAACUUAUAUUUCCAAGAGACCAUCUGGUAAUUUCAAUGACAGGUUUUUCAUCCAAUACACGAAAGACAGAUGUACUCGAACUCCUAUAGGACGUCAUACUAUAGGAGGAAUGCCGAAAAAAAUUGCGACUUAUUUGGAUCUGCCUAACAUCAAUAGAUAUACCGGCCACUGCUUUAGAAGAUCAUCUGCAACGCUUCUCUCGAACUCCGGCGCGAACAUGCAGAUGAUCAAACAGCUAGGGAGAUGGCGUUCAGAUGUGAUCGCCCAAGGCUACGUUGAAAAUUCCUUACACAACAGGCAGAUGAUUUUCAAUGGAAUAAUCCAGAAUGAGACCGAGGUAAUUCCUGAACCCCGACCAUCAACCAGCACAGCAGAACCCGACAUUUUAUACCCUCAAUCCGAAAUUAAUAAUGCUCAAGACGCAACCAUUGAUUCCCAAGAAGAAACCAUCAACGCUCAUGAAGAAACUGUUAACCCCGAAAAUUCAACGAUUAAUCCCAAAGAAGCGAAUGUUAACACCGAACAAGAAACCCACGACUUUGAAUCAGCACUUAUCGAUUUAAAUUGGUCAGAUUUUGAGGACGAUUUUACUGAAAUGGACCCUAAACAAACUUCGAGUAAGUAA